ACGUCAAUGGAGAUUAAAUAUCUUGAUUGCAUAUUGGUUCCAAUAGGGAUCCUAACAAUGGUAGCAUACCAUAUUUGGCUUGUCCGUCGAAUCAUUAAACGCCCCAACAGCACUAUAGUUGGUGUCAAUGCCAUUAGUCGCCGUUUCUGGGUUCAUUCCAUGAUGGAGGAUGUGGGGAAGAAUGGAGUUCUUGCGGUGCAAACAUUAAGAAACAACAUCAUGGCUUCGACGGUAUUGGCAUCGACAGCAAUCAUGUUGAGCUCUCUCAUUGCACUCUUGAUGACGAGUGGUGGUGGUGAGAAAUCCGCCUGGUUUGACUUCGGAGACAGAAGCAAACAAGCUUUUUCAAUCAAGUAUUUUUCAAUAUUGGUUUGCUUCAUGGUGGUGUUCUUGCUCAAUGUGCAGUCAAUUAGGUACUACAGCCAUGCCAGCAUCCUCAUCAACAUACCUUUCAAAAAGAUGUAUUCCAAUCAGCGCCACCGCAAUCUCACGGCUGAGUAUGUGGCCAUGACUGUCAAUAGAGGCAGCUAUUUCUGGUCUUUAGGACUUCGUGGCUUCUACUUCUCUUUGCCUCUUUUCUUGUGGGUCUUUGGACCAAUUCCCAUGAUUUUAAGCUGCUUUGUCCUUGUUUUUAUGCUCUAUUUCCUGGAUGUUAACGUUGAAUUCGGUUCAGCCGUUGGUGUUUCGGAUGAUAAUCAUGAUGGCAACGAUGAUGAGGUGGAGCAAUGUGGCUCAAAUUGAUCCAUCUAAACUACAAGUUUCCUAUUGGUUAUGCUUAGCAUCAAUUCCUAGCUUUAGCUUUAGCAGAAUAAUUAAAAGCGUGAUAUAUGUAGCAAUUUCUCAUUCAAUCCAAGUUGAAU